AUGUCGGUCAUUGUUCACGGCGCCAAGGAAACCUAUGCUCAGCUCCAGCAUGCUCCACAUCCUCGGCGAGGCGUCGGUCAGAGGCCCCAGCCGGGGGCGCUGGUCUUCUCUACUUCCGGUCCUGGCCCCUCUUCCCCAGUUGCUAGGAGACGUGACGUCACCGGAAGCCAGGACUGGGAUAGGCUGAGGCCCCGGGAAGCCGCUCCCGCUCGGCCACCUCCGCGCCGGCGCCGACUCUCCAGCUGUCUGGCGCGCGGCUGGGAGAGCGGGGACCUGGAGUUGUUCGACUUGGUGGAGGAGGUGCAGCUCAACUUCUACCAGUUCCUCGGGGUGCAGCAGGAUGCUUCAUCUGCAGACAUCAGGAAAGCAUAUCGUAAGCUUUCGCUAACUUUACAUCCAGACAAGAAUAAAGAUGAAAAUGCAGAAACUCAAUUUAGACAAUUGGUGGCCAUUUAUGAAGUUUUAAAAGAUGAUGAACGGAGGCAGAGGUAUGAUGAUAUUCUGAUCAAUGGACUUCCAGAUUGGCGACAGCCUGUAUUCUACUACAGGCGGGUGAGAAAAUUGAGCAAUGCUGAGCUGGCAUUACUCUUGUUCAUUAUUCUCACCGUGGGUCAUUAUGCUGUGGUUUGGUCAAUCUACCUGGAAAAACAACUGGAUGAACUGCUUAGUAGAAAAAAGAGAGAAAAGAAAAAAAAGACAGGCAGCAAGAGUGUGGAUGCAUCAAAACUCAGUGCUUCUGAAAAAAAUGAAAGAUUGCUGACAAAACCACAAUGGCAUGAUUUGCUUCCAUGCAAGCUGGGAAUUUGGUUCUGCCUUACCCUAAAAUCAUUGCCUCAUCUAAUCCAGGAUGCUGGGCAGUUUUAUGCUAAAUACAAAGAAACAAAAUUGAAGGAAAAAGAAGAUGCAUUGACAAGAGCUGAGCUUGAAACACUUCAGAAACAGAAGAAAGUUAAAGUAAAAAAACCAAAACCUGAAUUUCCUGUGUACGCGCCUUUAGAAAGCACAUAUAUUGAAUCUUAUGAUCAUGGAACUUCAAUAGAAGAAAUUGAAGAGCAAAUGGAUGAUUGGCUGGAAAACAGGAACAGAACACACAAAAAACAGGCACCUGAAUGGACAGAAGAGGACCUCAGCCAGCUGACAAGGAGUAUGGUUAAGUUCCCCGGAGGGACCCCAGGUCGAUGGGAAAAGAUCGCCCAUGAAUUGAGUCGAUCGGUGACAGAUGUAACAACUAAAGCUAAGCAACUAAAGGACUCCGUAGCCUGCUCCCCAGGACUGGUUAGACUGGCCGAACUCAAGGCAACAGCCCAGAAUUUCAAACCCGUGAAGACCCCCGCGGCCUUGCCAGACGGCAUCAUCACCCAACGGGAAGACCCAGAGAAGAGCGCCGAGGAGGAGCUGGAGGAGGGGGCCCCCGAAACCCGGCCUCGGAGGCGGAAGGCAGCCAGGCCCCCCGAGGCGGCCAUCAGGGCGGAGCCGGAGGAUAAGGCCAGAGCCCGGAGGCAGAAGGACUUCGACACUUCCGAGCAGAACGCGUCCAGUGACGAGGACAGCCCAAAGAGGGAGAAGGAGCCAUGGACCCAGAACCAACAGAAGCUUCUGGAAUUAGCGCUGCAGCAGUAUCCAAAGGGGGCCGCAGACCGCUGGGACAAGAUCGCCAAGUGCGUGCCUUCGAAGAGCAAGGACGACUGUGUCGCACGCUACAAGCUGCUGGUGGAACUGGUCCAAAAGAAAAAGCAAGCGAAAAGCUGAAUCUUCUGGAAGAUGACUCACUGUCGUUUUCCAAAGGGAUUAUUUUUAAGAUCGUUUGCAUUUUGUACCUCAGUAUUUCUAUACGUCAUGUGCCUUAGAAUAAAGAAAUGAAUGUGCUAAAUUA